AAGCUAUUUUGUUCGUCUGUAAUUAAAAAAAAAAAAAAAAAAAAAAAAAAAAAAAAACAAAAUAAAUAAAAUAAAAUAAAAUAAAAAAUAAUAAUAAAGUGAGUAUAUGUAGGAGUACUAAAUGUAAAGCGACGGUCUGAAAAUACGUACUUCCUUUCAGCCUAUACUGUAACCAUUAAAACAAGAUGUCAGUUACGGUUCAUCAGAUUCUGAAUGACGCCAAACGUCUUGUUAGCAGGUUGCGAGAACAUGAUGCUGCUGCUGAUAAUAUAAUUGCUCAGACUCAGACCUUGUAUAAAAAUGUUGAAGCUAUGAAAGAAUAUAAUGAAGACGUGAAUGAUCAGAAUGUGACAAAUCAAAUUCGUAGUCGUCCGUUGCUUGUUUUCAAUGUACAGCAAGAAAAUAAACAUAUUCGGGAAUUACAGCAAGAAAAUAGAGAACUAAGAGACAUGCUUGAAGAACAUCAGUCAGUUCUUGAAUUAAUUAUGAGCAAGUACAGACAGCAAGUUACUAAGUUAGUACACUCCACUUCUAGCGCAAAUGCUAGUGGUUGUACAAAUAAUACUCAGGAAUUGCAAAAAAUGGCUGACACUAUUUGUGAAAUUGCUGAUGUCAUGAAGCAGGCUAUACGAAUAGAUGACGUGAGUUAUGUCAAUGAACGUGAAAAACUAACAGAAUUAUUAACUGAAAACAAAGGUUUACGUGAACUUUUAGACAUUAGCAGAACAUAUGGAACUUUACAAAAUCCUCUGUGUGCUCCAGAAAUGGUCGAUAAAGAAAUCCAAACUGACACAUAAGAUCUUGUAUUUAUGAGAUACUAAACCGAGGUGAACUAUUAAAAAAAAAAGGGAAUUGAGAAAAAUUCUUUAUUCAGCAUUUUUUAUUUGUGAAACUAUAUGUAUUUUUAUGUUCUAAAAAGCAGUCUUUUGAGUAUUUUAAGUAAAUAUUUGAAUAGACCACAUUGUAUAUGAAGUACCCUCUUGGUAUAAAUUUUCAUAGAUCUAAUUCUAUUCCAUUUAUAAUACAUCUAUUCAUUCCUCUUUGAACUAAUAUGAUAUUGUCGAUUCUUUAUGGCAUUGAUGCCUUCAUAUGACUAAGCAAAUUCAGAACUUAAGACUGAAUAAAAUUUUUGCAUGCACAGAAAAAAUUGUGCACGAAUAGAGAUAAAUAUGGAACCUAUUUAUUUCUUGGUACCUAAUACAUAGUAAUAACUAUAAAUUUGUUGAAAAAAAAAUAAAGCAGUGAAAGGUGAAGAAUGGCUGAAAAAUUCUUAUGCCCAGGCAGUUUGACUUCUUAGUUAUGUUCAUUUUGAAAUAUGAUGAAGCAAUCACAAUAUCAUGGCAUUUUCAUUAUUGAGUGAUAUAGUGGUUCCCUGGGCUGAUUGUUCCAUUUCCCCAUUUAAAGCAUGAAAUUAGCCUUUGUGUGUUAUCCAGCAAAUGAUUACAAGCUGUAAUUUUUCUCCUUCUAAUGUCCCAUAUAUAUGCUUAACGGGGUCAAGGUAUGGGGAGUAUAUAUGCUAAUGAAUUCGAUGGAUAUCAUCUCUCUCCAAGAGAUUCUAUUCUGCUUUCGUUUGAAGAAGCACGGUAUUAGACCGCAAAACAAUUAAACAAUUCAGUAACUUCGUUACAAUAGCAAUUGCCCAUCAUGGUACCAUUGUCCAUCACUGUACAUCCUUCUAAUUAUGAUGCUGUCAUCACCAUUAUGAUGCCUUGUCCAUUUCAGGUUAGAUAAGUUGAUCCAGUUGUAACUGAAUCAGUUCUCAUCAGAAAACAAAACAUUCAUUUAUUGCUACAUUGUCCAGUUUUGGUAGAUCUAGCAUUCAUUGCAGAUGCUUCUUUACAGUGUUAUCUGGGCAAUGCCAUGAAGGUGAUUGGCCUUAGCUUAUAGCCCUGUGUAACCAAGAUUUUUUUAGAUAUCCAUUUUCCUGUGCUGUAAUAGAGAUGAUUUGCAAGUUGAUGAGCAUGUAGCAUCAAUUGCAUUUACAUCUUCUUGUACUGUCACAAAGAAAAGCUGGCUCUUGUAGUGCCUCUAGAAAACAUUCCAAGCCUUUGAAAGGUUACCCAAAAGUAUUUAAGCAGUUCUGAACUCCAUUGGUGAUAAUGUGGCCUUUUCCAAAUUUUCUAUCAUCCUUUUAUGUAUAAAAUCAUUAAUGAUGUUUUUAAGAAAUGGCGAAAAUUUAAUAUUUGUAGAUUUAUUUUUUUAUAUUCAGAAUUUCUAACAAACACUUUUAUUGGUAAUGUUGAUUUCUUUUUCAGUCUAUUUUUUAUUCUAUUUUAAGUUAAAAUUUUUUUUAUUAAUUAAUACUAUUGUCAACUUAUGCAAAUAUCAUUUAAACAAGGCAAUUUAUUAAAUAUGAAUGUUCCAUUAUGGUUAAUUUUUAUGCAUUCAUAACGAAUGCUUAAUAAAAUGAGUAUUUCUACAACAUACCCAAACUAAAUGUUCAAGAACCUCAAAUGUAUUAUACCAAUCAUAUGCAUUUAAAAUUUUGAGUUUACCAGUAAAAUGUUUAUCAUUUUAUCUGUAUUGAGGACGUAAAGUAAUCUAAGAAUUCAGUUUAUCAGAAUUUAUGGCCCAAUUAGUGCCAAGUAAAACUAACUUUCUAAUAAUAUCUGCUAUUCUGUUUGGCCUGCACUGUCAGCUUUUAAACCAUGCUUUUUUAAAUGUAUAUUGUUUUGCAUUAUUAGCUUUGAUGCAUUGAACAUUUAUUAUUCAUCAAAUAAUAAAACAUGCAGCAGCCUUUUCAAAUUUUGGAAUGUUGCUUUAAAAUUGAUAAUGUUCUCUGCAGUAUUGAAAAAUGCAGAGACGUUGUUAAAAUAAGAGUAAGAAAUGUGUUGAAGAAUGUCAGAUGAUUAUAUUACAAUAACUGUAUAAUGUAUUUGCUGUUUGAUGUUAGGAAUUAAGAUUAUUGAGAUUUUGUUAAGAACUAUAUAAGGUAGGUAAAAUUAUCAUAAAUUGGAAAAAUUUUUUAGAAACAUGAAUUAUGGAAAUUUUUGGUAUAGAUGAACAUGUGUGGUAUCCAGUGUCAGAUUGCUACCAAGAGUUAUCUUGGUACUAGCCAUGAUAUGAAGCAGUGUUUAAAUAUGUAAAUAUUGAAUUUAUAUAUUUUUGCCUUGAGACUUGAAAUAUAGACAUUUAGCUGUUUAUUAUUUAAUUUAUGCAACAAAUUUAUUUUGAUAAUUUAAACAUUGCUCUUUUUUGAAAAAUUUUCCUAGCUUCAAUAAUAUCUAUCAUUAUAUUAACGUCAGCUGUUCUUGAAUGCUUUACAGUGUUUAUAAUUAAAUAUAUUUUGUAUUUUUUAUAGUUAUGCAUAUUAACCAUCGCCAUUGUUUGUAACUUUUGUUCAUUUGUAAAUGGUAUAAUCAUAUUAAUAUGUAUCAAAAACUGCAGUUUUUUAAAAAAUAAAAACAUUACUGAAUCUGAAUUACAUUGGUAUAUGUGAGAGGGUGCAAAAAUUAUUGCACAUUACAUUGGUUAUUUGUGGAGGGGAAUGGAGUUAUAUACCUAGUUAUAAUGAGAAAUGGAAAGCAAGUGUAUGGGGUAAUAGUUGGUAUAUACAAUUGUAAUAUGUGGACUUGCCCAGUAAGUGGAUAGGAUGCUGAAAGUCAAGGUCUCCUGAUCUUGCCUCUCUGGAUUUCCUCUUUUGGAGUGUUGCUAAAGAUAAAACGUUUCGUGUUCUUGAGAACAAAGAACAAGGGGGAACCAUAAUACAUAAUCUACCACUUUUAGUUAUUUAUUUAUUUUUCAGAGUGUGGAACUAAAUUUAGUUCUGUUUUCAUCAUUUUUUCCCCCACCAAUUUAUCACAUGUUUGAAUUUAAAAAUAACAUUUUAGUGACACCAUCUAAGGAAAAAAUAACUAACUAAAAGCAUAGUACAUGAUUACCUGACUUUGCCUCAAAAUGCACUUGAGAGUUUUAUAGGAGUGCAUGAAAGUCAAAGGCAAACAGUUUGAGAAUUUAAGAGGUAAAUAUUCAAGAGAAUAAACUGUAUUGUUUUAUAAUUUAUGAUUUCUUUGCAUGUUUCAUUAUCAUGUGCCUACUUUUGCACCUUCCUAUAUAUUAGGUAAUUAUAUGUGAGUCAUACUGAUAUAGUAUAUGUGUGUUUAGUAAAUAAUAGAAAUGCUUUUGGUAAUCUUUUUUGCCUUUAUGGGAGACUUUUUAAGGAACACUUGCUUGUAUAUUUAUAUCACAUAUGGGGAAUUAUGCAAACUUCAUAUAGUCAGCCCAUUCUUAUAGAACUAUCAAUGUUUCAUGGUUUUCAUUAAGAUACUUUUAUUCUUAAUUAAGAGUGUCUUCUGUACAUACAAAUAAAAAUGCAAUUUAAUUGUACAAAGAAAAGAAUUGUAUGAAAAUUCUUCAAUUCAUGUAUAUGUAAAUACAGCUUCAUUUGAGCAUUGAUAAAAUAAUAGAACUGAUUUAUUUAUUUUUGGAUACAUCUAUUAUAUUUUUCUUGCAUUAGUUUCAGCAAAUUAGUCAAACCGAAAAGACAAAAAGCUCUCUUUGUUACAGGGAAGUGUGACUGAAGAGUUUACAGGUAAAGGUGUUUGUGAGGGGGGGGGCUAGUAUAAAUAUUUGCAUUUACAUUUUAAAAUUUUAAAGUUUUAUUACAGAAGUAGUAUUUGUGCCUUCUCAUGUCAGCAUUAAAAAUGUUGAUACAGUUAAUAAGAAAUGAAUUACAAAUUGAGAAUGGUUUUAAAAAUACUGAUUCAUGGUUGUAAGAGAAUGUGUUCAUAAUAAAUGUGUACUGCAUCAUUUAAAGUAUGUUUUAAAAAAUACCAAUUAAACAAAUAAACUUUUCUUGUAGAGUUUCAAAUUAAUUCAUAAAAUUUGAAUGAUUAAAAGAGAUUAUUUUGAAGAAAAAUUUUACCAUGCAUAAAUUUAAUACUUUUUUCAUUUAUGUUAGGUAUUAGAUACAUUUUUUUCAGUUCAAUCCAAUUUAUCCCCUUUCUGUAAUUAAAAUUGGUAUUUUGGUUGUUUAAUAUAGAUAGAAAAUGUUAUAUCUUCUGUAUAUGUUGUAGAUAAUUAUUAUAAAAUGUUGUAGAUUUUGUAGGUUGAUUUUUUGAAAUAUGUGCAGCUAAAAUAAAAUUGUAAUGAUUACUUAUUUAAAAAAUAAAAGGUGUGAAUGUGUGUGUUAUAUAUAUUGAAAAUAUAUAUAAUUUAUAAAGUAUGUGUAUAUAUACAUAUGUAUUACUUAAAG